GUAACGUUUUCACACAAUCUUGAAGUUUGAAUAUAUAAAGCAUCAGCAGUUUCAUAUUUCAGUUUAGUAAUUACCGAGUCGCAGAACAAUAUCGUACCGACAUGAGAGCUGUUUUGAUAUUCUCAAUUGCCUUUUUGGCUUCAUCGUGGGCCAUGGUCAUCCCGGAAAAUCCGGAGGCUCUACGCAUGGUCUCCAGGGGAAUGAAUCAAUUCUCUAAGGAAUUCUAUAAGAAAAACAUGAAGGGGAUGGCGGAAAAUUUUGUGAUGUCACCUAUCGGUAUCUCUAUGGUGACUGCUAUGGCAUCGUUUGGUGCAGGUGGUGAUACGAAAAAUCAAAUGCGUAAAUCCCUUGCGAUGCCAGAAGACGAAACCAUGGCGAAGAGUGGAAUCAAGAGCUUGAUCGAUCAGUCCAAUGACAUCAAGGGUGUUGAAUUGAAAAUGGCUAACAAGAUCUUCACGACAACGGGCGUUGAUAUGAAACCUGAAUUCAAAGAAGUAACUGAGAAGACAUUUGACUCGAUAGCUCAAAGUAUGGAUUUCACAAAACCUGAGGCUGCUGAGACCAUCAAUACGUGGGCAGCUGAGAUGACGAAUAACAAAAUCCAAAAUUUGAUGAAGCCAGACGACAUCAAAGACGCUUCAAUGGUACUGGCCAACGCCGUGUACUUCAAGGGAAAAUGGGCGAAACCUUUUGCCAAAGAAAUGACUACUACAAAACCAUUUAAUUUGAACGAAAAAACAACAAAAGACGUUAUGAUGAUGAGCAAAAUGGAUCGAAUGUUGUAUGGAGAGAUCCCUAGUAUCAACUCUAAAUUCAUAGAAAUUCCAUACGAGCGGUCGGAAGAAUCCCCAGGAAUGAGAGUCAACAUGUACCUCAUUGUACCAAAUGAACUAAACGACGGAUUACGGAAUUUGGAGAAUAAAAUAGAAAGUUUAGACUUAGAAACAGCUCGAGGACACGUAGGAAUGCGAGAUGUGAUGCUCCAGAUGCCCAAGUUCAAGAUGGAGAGCACCACUGAUCUGAAACCUGCAAUGGAAGAGAUGGGAAUGACUGAUAUGUUCAGUGAUAAGGCGGAUUUCAAGGGCAUCACUGAUGCUCCACCACUGAAGAUUGGAAAGGCCAUGCAGAAAGCUAUGAUUGAUGUGAAUGAAGAGGGUAGUGAAGCUGCUGCUGUUACUUCAAUGGUAGCAGUGCCCAUGUCAAUGCCUAUGCCUCCAGAAGACCCAGUGAUUAUGACGGUUGACAGACCUUUCUAUUUCGCUAUUAUUAUGGUCAAUGAUCAAUUAGAGGGAGGUGUAUCGAAAUCUGUACUUUUUAGUGGUCGCAUUGCGAACCCCGAAUACUGAUUUCUAUUUUCUUAAAUUGUAAUAAUUAUGUAAUCGAUAACAAUGAAUAAAAUGAAAUGAUUCAACCAUGA